CGGCUGCUUCCUCUGCAUAUUAUGUGAGGGGUUUGGAACAGGCUGCUGAACAAGCUCGAUUUUCGAGAGGAGGCGAACAUUAAACAGCACAAUCUCUACUUGUCAUCAAAUUACAUUGGUCUACCUUAAAAGCUGCGAUGACGUCGCUGACUUGCGUGCGGUCAUGUGACUCAUUGAAGCCUGCGGCAGCCAUAUUGCUUAGGGAUGCGGUUGCAGUGUUCUCGUACUGAGAUAUAAUGCCCACUACAUGCGCUGCCUCUGGGUGUAACAGCAACUCUAAAAAAGACAAUCGGGUAACUUUUCAUAGAUUCCCAUCAAACAUAAAAAGACGAACCGAGUGGCUAAAGUACGUGAACAGAGACAACUUCGUCCCCGGUCUUCAUACUUUUCUGUGCUCCAAACACUUUGAAGAGACAUAUUUUGAUAGGACAGGACAAACCGUACGCUUGAGGGCAAAUGCUGUACCAACGAUAUUUAUCUAUCCUAACCACAUGCUCGAAAAGAUAGCUCUCUUGAAGAACACCACCGUCACCGAGACAGAAGAAGAUCCUCCAACUAAACCGAGCACAGACGCACACAAACAGACGGAAAUACCCACGGACCACAGUUAUUGCCUCCCGAGUGCUGAAAAAAUCAAGAUGAAAAUCUAUGAACUGGAAAGGAAACUGGAAAUAGCCCACAAAAAAAUAAAAAUCUAUCAACAGAGGGAGCGUAGAGGGAAAAGGAAAGCCUCCGAGGAAAAUGUAAAUAACGCAUCUAGAGAAAAUGAUUCUUGGGUAGUACAUUAA